AUGGAAGAAAUGAGCACUCCUCCGAGGUCAAGACCUAGUCUUGUUGAAGCUGCAUUUUCAAAUAGGUUGCACCAGGCAGAAAAAAAAUCAAGAUCACCCUUAACCAGCAGCCCGGCCGGACAGAGAUUGUCAGUUGCAGCAUUUCCCGUAAGUCCUGUCGUCAGCAACAAUCAGGAGAAUGAGAGCCCUGACUGUUUAUUUAACAGGCAUGGCUUGGGGAUUUUGUAUCCAGAAACUCCGAAAACCUAUCGAACUGUUUCAUAUCUCGAGAGAGAAAGGAAUUGCUUUUCUAUAAAAAGUCGUUCCUCUCCAAGUGAAGCUUCUCCGAAAGAAAGUCCUAUGUGCAGUAAUAUAACAUCAGAUUUAGAACUAGAUCAACUCUUGGAUGAUGUUAAAGAUCAUUCUCAAAUGAGUCCUGGUAUUCCUUAUGAGGAUGAUGAUAAUGCCAAUGACAGUGAUGAUUAUGAUAAUGAUGUCAUUCAGCUACGGAAGAGAUCACGUCUUUCCUGGAGUGAUGAAAAUCUUAACCGUCAUUCUGAAAAUGCAUCAAACUACUGGGUAGCCGAGAGUUCUUUAAAAAGAAGUCCCCGUAGCACUAGCGAACUUCAGCUCUCACAGGCAGCAACCACUACAAAGACUGGCAGACGUCGUAUGAACAAUGUAACAUUUAAUUUUUCGAGUAGUGCAAGCAAUGCGCCGUCAAAACAAAGGUCUACCCUGAAGGGAAUAUUGAAAAAAGCAAAUUUGACAACCCAGUAUAAUACUGAUGGCAUAUCAAAUGGACAUUUGAAAACGUCUGUCUCCAAGACUCCUUAUUCCCAGGGACCUCAACAUCGUUCUUCAGAAGACCUUUUUUUGGAAAUCUCACAACAGGAUUUCUUUGAUCCACCCAGUAUACGUGGUUCGAAUGCAGCGAAACAUCUACUUGAAUCCAGGAUGGGCAAAAGAUGGUCAUCGUAUGACUCUCUGCAUUCAAAGAAUUCACAAUCUGCACUGCAGAGAGAUUUUAGCGAAUUGGAUUCUGAUGCCAUAAUAAAACGCCCAUCUGUCAACCCUGAUGAUAUUAAUUUCAGCUUCACUGAUCAGAUGAACAGCAGUUCAAAAACGCAGCAACAAAGUCAGCAGAAUAAAACAUAUUCUACAGAAUUCAGUAACAUAAGGAACCAUGCUGCAUUUCGUCACUUCAUGCUGGACAAUUCCAUGGAGAACUCUCCAGAAGCAAGACCAUUAUUCGGAGAUCCCAAUGACUCAAGAUGGUCUUUUACUCCCUACAAUUUCUAUUUGGAAACACUGUCCAAACAACUGAACGAACAAAACAGAUCCCCAGAACAUGCAAAUCCAGAUAACUCUUUCUCUUCUGCAGACGCUAUUAAAUCCACUACAAAAGAUAUUACUGUUACUGAUAUAAACAAUGACCCCCAAAUCGAAGAUUCAGCAAUUCCUAUGAAUUUUCCCCUGGCUAAAGAUGAUGACAAAUCUACCCCUGCAAAAAGUGGUCCAUUGCCAAAUUCUGCAGAAGCGGCUGGUAAUCAGAAGUUCAGCAGUGUUUUGUCACCUGACCAGGUGCAGUUUUCCCCAACAACUGAGGCCGACCGUAAAGCUAUUGUGCGGAACUUAUGUUCAGUGUUUGAGAACAGCGACAUUUCCCUUGAUGGAUCAGAACCUGGAUCUGCAAAAAAAUCAAGGUCCUGGUAUGAUCUAGACAAAACUCCUCCUGCCCAACUAACGGAUGAACAGAGAAAUUAUGCCAACACAUUAAUUGAGAAGUAUACAAGAUUGCCUACAGACAGAUCCCAAAACUUAGCUACAUGA